AUGGCUUUUCAGCGGGUGCCGACGUUGGUUCAGCUAGCAAAACGAAUCUUAACGAAUGCCAAAUCUCUGGAAGCGUCGGUCGCGGCCAGUCCUACCUUUCAAAAUGAUACAAUGCAAAGACUACCCGAACCCGUCGACUCGGUGCGCAAGGAGAUCAUAGAUGGAACAAACCUACUCAAUUCUCUGGUCCGCGGGGGAGCUGGUCCAUUUGGCCGGAUCCAACAUACCACAUCCUUCACAUACCUAAAUGAACUCAGCCUCCAGGCCGUCUACAGAUAUAGGAUUCCACAGAAUGUCCCAGUGGACCAGUCGAUAUCCUUCACGGAUCUAUCCAAGAAGGUCGGAGUCGAGGAGAGCAAACUGGUGCGCCUUCUUCGCCACGCCAUGACAUAUCACAUGUUUUAUGAACCGAAGAAGGGUUCCAUUGCCCAUACCGUGGAUUCGCGUGCAUUGUUGGAUGACCCAACCUUGUAUGAUUUCGUUGGAACAUGCAUUGAAGACCUCCGUCCUGCAUCUUCCAAAGUUCUGGACGCGUUCAAGAAGUGGCCUCAAUCAGAAGAGAUGAACCACUGCGGUUUUAGUCUUGCCUGGGAUACCGAUAAGCCGAUGUAUGCGUAUCUGCGGGAUCAUCCCGAGCGCAUGCGUCGAUUUGCCGGAUUGAUGGCCCGUACGACUCAGCCUUCAAGUAUUCGUGCGGCUACGCUUGUAGGCUCAGCUUACCCAUGGCAAGACCUCAAAUCCGGCACUGUGGUUGAUAUUGGCGGCGGGAAUGGCCAUAUCAGCGUCGCUAUCGGAGAGUCACACCCACACCUGGAUUUCAUUAUACAGGACUUGCAACAAAUGCCCAAGGAGGUUCAAGAAAAGGCGGUUCCACAAGCAUUGAAGUCGAAGGUGCAGUAUCAGCAGCACAACUUCUUCGCACCGCAGCCGGUCAAAGGGGCAGUCGCUUACAUGUUGAUGCAAAUCCUCCACAACUGGAGCGACAAGUACUGUGUCCAGAUUUUGCAGCAGUUAAUCCCCGCUCUGGAGCCUGGGGCGAGGAUCAUCGUCAUCGAUCGAGUGAUUCCGGAGAGAGGGGAGGUCCCUGAUGUGGAAUAUCAUGAGGUUUUGACUCUGGAUUUAAUCAUGAUGCAACUUUUCAACGCACGGGAAAGGUCACUGGAGGAUACGAAGAAAAUGUUCGCCUUGGCGGACCCGAGAUUCAAAUGGGUUGGUGCAUAUAGAGUUGGACCAGGACCUUACACUAUGCUGGAGGCCAUUUGGGCCCCUGAUGAGGUCCAUGACACCCCCACCAAUUAG